UUUUAAGGGCUUCCUUUCUGUGUAUAAAAGAACCAGAAAGAACGUUUCUCUCCUUUCGAGAAGUAUCUUGCAUCUCUCACUGACUGGUUUCUCAUAAAGAUAUAUUGCCUGGAGAGCACAAUUAAAGUACAGAAAUGCUGUCAGAGGGAUAUCUGUGUAGGAUACAGCAAUUCUAUGAAGAUGACAUUAUGUCCCAUCAGAGGAGGAUGACUGGCUCAUCAAAAGAAUUGACAGCUGUAUCUGAACAUAAUUACUCAUCUGUACAUAAAACGAGAACCAGGAACUUCUUCAGAAAGUUUGGCUCAAUAGGAAAGAACCCAUCAGGGACUCAGCACACAGAUGGUACACAAAGCAAAAUGUCGAGAAAUAUGCAUCAGGAGAUUGAAAAUGUGAGGGAUACCUCAACAUCUGUUGACAUUAUUGAGGUGUCAGCUUCCUACAAAGAAACGUUUUUAGUCCCAUCUUCCUGUAAAAACAUUUGUAAGGACUAUAAUGAUUUGCAUGUAGCAGGUGACCAAGUGAUGGCCAUCAACUCUGUUCUCACUGACUAUACGUGCAACAGCAGUUUUACAUUUUGUGAAGGGCCGUUCCUGGAGUCUUCCCAGAUUCCUCCCACUUUGGAAUCUAUAAAUCCAGAGAAAAUUCAGAGAAAAAAAGAUUCGCUUUGCUGGAAAGCUGGCAGUAUUCGAGAUAAAAGCAUAAUGCAGCAUGAGCAACCACUUUCCAACUCGGUUCUCAAUGAGUAUUUGGAAAGGAAGGUCAUUGAGCUGUACAAACAGUACAUAAUGGACUGCACUGCCUCUCCCCAUCAUAUUAUGGCUUCAGAACUAGUCAUGAACAAUGUGCAGCAGAUAAGUGUACAGAUAUCCCGUGAGCAAAACAUGGAAACCAACAAAGCCAAAGACAUGGUCAUUAAUUAUUUACUGAGACUGGCUAGUGAAAAAACAUCCAAUGUGAUCAGCACACCUGAUCUGAAGAUCUCGAUAGACUAAGCCUGCAUCAAAAAUGAUUAUAUAGGAAAUUAACCUACUUAACAUGCAGUUUUACACAUUGAACUAGUUAACGUAUUUGUGCCCAGUAGAGGGAAGC